AUGGCAGGAGUCGCCCAGUCAGCGCGGUUGUCUGCCCGCAUCGCCAGCAGAUAUGCCACCCGAACAGUUGCACGCAGAGGCUUUCACAUAUCAGCGCAAGACCGCGCUGCCCAGAACUACACGAUGCCGGCAUUGUCACCUACCAUGACCGAAGGCAACAUCGCAAGCUGGAAACUGAAAGAGGGCGAUUCGUUCUCCGCCGGCGAUGUCAUUCUGGAGAUCGAGACGGACAAGGCUACUAUGGAUGUGGAGGCGCAAGACGACGGCAUUCUGAUGAAGAUUGUCAAGGAGGAGGGCUCCAAGGCUGUCCAGGUGGGAGAGCGGAUAGGUGUCACGGCAGAGUCCGGCGACGAUAUAAGCAGUCUCGAGCUGCCAGCAGAUGAUUCGAGCCCGAGUCAAGGACAAAAGGAUACUAAGGGAGCGCAAAAAGGUGCUGAGGAGGAGAAUGUGAAGGAAGUGAAGCAGAAGGCGCCCGAGCAGCAGUCACAAUCUUCGCAGACAAGCGAACAGUCCUCUCAAAGCCAGGGAAGUCAAAAGCAGGGCGGCAAAGCGCAGAAGCAGAAAUACCCAUUGUAUCCAUCUGUGGAGCACCUACUACACCAGAAUGGACUCUCCUCCGCCGAUGCAGAAUCCAUACCAGCCACCGGACCUGCAGGACGACUGCUCAAGGGAGACGUUCUAGCACAUCUCGGCAAGAUCAACAAAGAAUAUCCCGCGCAGUCUUCGGCGCGACUGGAGAAGCUUGGACAUCUGGACCUGUCGAAUAUUCAGAUAUCGAAGAAGGCGGCCGCAAAACCUGAACAGGGCAAGGAAAAGCCGACUGAGCCUGAGCUUCCAAGAGAGACGGAAGUUGCUGUUCCAAUCAGUCUAAGUGCUGUCAUUGCCACACAAAAGCGAGUACAAGACUCGCUGGGCAUAUUCCUGCCGCUUUCGACAUUCAUCGCUCGCGCAUCGGAACUUGCGAACGAUGACCUUCCACGAAGCAAAAGCGGCCAGCCAACCGCAGAUGACCUUUUCAACUCCGUGCUGGGGCUCGAUGAGGUCAUCAAGAGCAGCAGAGGCAAUUUCUUCCCGAACAUCACAGGCAUUUCGCCAGCACCUCUGCCAUUGAGGCAGGCCAAGAAGCCCGAUCUCAUCGACAUACUUGCACCAAAGCAGCCCAAACCGAAGCGCGUGCUCCCUGUCGCUCCUGGCAUCUCAGCGAAAGAGAACAUUUUCUCCGUGGUAGCAAAAACUGGCGAUGAGAGUCGGGCCACCGAAUAUCUCGAACGACUGAAGCUAGCAUUGGAGCAGGAGCCAGGCCGACUGGUAUUGUGA